CCCUGCACCUCGCCAAAAAGAUGGCGCAUAUCGGGUUCGUCAGCACGUCAGUACUAGAGUCAAAGGAUGGGAUCGACUUCAACGAGGAAGUUCGAAAAGAGUCCGAGGAUGUCCUGGAGGCGGAGCGCAUCGCCAAGGAGGCCGACAAGAAGCCGCUGUGGGAGCAGCUGGCGGGCAAGCGGGACGAGAAGCAGGCCAAGUUCGACGCCGUCCGGGCGUCCAUGUUCGCGCCCCCUCGAGCCCUUGACGAUGAGGAGUCCAACUUCUUGCAGGGGGUAGAGGCGCAGCGGCUCGAAGCUAAAGAGCGAAAGAAGAAGUGGGAAACGGAGGAGCUGAGAGGUUUCGCUCUGGCGAGGGCGAAUCAAACGGUUGCGAUCGCGGAACCGAAGAAGCCCAAGGCGAAGCCUCCGGCGGACGGUGGGCGAGGGGACCAGGAUCAGCAGGACCGUCGGGCCGGCGCACCCCCACCGGUAGUGGCCGUCAAGAUCAAGACCAAGCGAAAAAAAGACAAAGACAAGAGCAAGGACGACAAACGGGCGAAGAAGAGAGGAGGGGCGGCAGCAGCGGUUGUUGGUGCUGUUGGCGGAGCGUCUUCCGGUUCAAGUAGAGAGGGCGUGGCCGGGGGUGCUGAUGGUACAAGCGAGGGUUCUGGAGCAACGGGAAAGGAGAAGGGUGCGGCGGCGGCGGCGGCGGCGGCGGCGGUGGCGGCGGGCGAUGAUAAGGAGGGGGGGGGAGAGGACGGGGUGAAAGGCCUCUCCUCGUUGCUGGGCGCUUACCAGAGCGAUAGUAGUGACGGUGAUGGCGAUGCGUGAGAGGCUGUACAGCUGUGUGGUGUUUGUUCUGUACAAAGUCUUGAACCCUACUUGACGGAGAGUAUAUUGAUGCUGCAUAUUGGCUUUUUGAAGUUGGUCGCGUCACGUUGUUUGUCCGGGUGCAUAACUCGAACUCGAUUGUUACUCGCUUCGAAACGCGCGGCUAUCGCGUGUUCGCCUUCGGCGUGUCAUAGAAGAGGGCCUCGCCGUUCUGGUUUGAUGGUCGUUCGUCAUGUCUGAUAUGAAGUGCCAUAUAGCGCCUGUGAAUCCGCUAGAAUCGGUGUUGCUCCACGAGUGGGUGUAGAGCAGCAAUCGGCGGGUGCACACGAGGGUGGGGCAGAUCAAUAUUGCAGCGCGAGCUACCCUGCCGUGAAAACUCAAAGCCAUAUUUUUCGUCU